AUGAAGAAGAAUAUGCUUCGUUCGUCUCUUACCGAGUUCCCUGAGUUUCCAGAAAUUAAAAGACGAUUGUCGGAGCAGAUGCUCUUGAAUCCAUUCAACAAAGUUAUCAAGUACACUUCUACUCCAGCAAUGACACCAUUGAUUAUACCGGAUGAGCUACUCGGUCCAUUCCACAUUUUAGUGAAAUUGACUCUACUGGAUUGUUCCGCCAGAACCCCGAAAUGCGUCCCUCGUCUUAUCGCGGUCCUCUCAUUCGCUUGGGCCGAGUCUAACUUUUUCAGUUUCCCAGCUAUUUUCAUUCAAUUUUGUGGCAUCUCUAUAUUCCAAUGGACCAGACACAGAUUUAUUGAAAAUUUUUCUGAAAAAUUAUCAUUGAUCAGAACAUUACGAUUGGAAACCAAUCCUGACUUGGAUAAUUAUAAAAAAGUUCAUGCCUUGGCUUUGGUACUUUCUAUUCCUUGGUUGGUGGCAACCAUUUCUUGGUCACUUUUCAAUUUUUUCCAAGGAACUAUUUUCUAUGGAGGAGCUGAAUCGAACAUAAUUUUUACUUCUUUAAUGGUUGGAUCCAAUUUCUAUAUCUGGUUCAUUUCUUCCAUUUCUCUUGCUUAUUAUUUUUUGGUAUUCUCUGCAGUCAAUAGAGAAGUUGUUUAUUUCAAUGAGGAAUUAGACAAAGCCAAGAAAGAAAAGAUAUUAAAAAAUCCAGGAGUUUUGGAGAAGUUUGACAUUCGACAGUUCGAAAUUUUGAAUCUUAUAACGGUUGUCAAUCAUUCCCUUUCAUUUUUUGGAGGACUAGUGCCCCUGUUUUUGUUUUAUGGUAUUAUUAAUGGAAUUUAUCUGACUUCGUUCAUUGAAAACAUUUCAUUUAUCUACUUUGCAAUUUUGAUGUUCACUCUUGCCGCCAUACUUGCCUACAAUCUGAUCCUUCUUAUUCCAACUUGUGCUCUACAGGAGCAUCUGAAUGCUACCAAUAAAAUUCUAGUGAAUAACGAUGAAUUGGGAAGUUCCAAGGACCAAAAAGUGUACCAAACCUAUCGAAUUAUGGUUGAUCGAAUUCAAAAAAUUGACACUCAUAUUCAUGUGGUUGGCGCCUUCCCAGUUAUCAAACCAGUUUUAGCAGCUGCUAUGUUUUUUAUUCCGAAUAUCGGAUUUAUUCUUGUCAUGAUCAAAAAAGUUAUUGUGGCCAAUGGUGGCGUUGUGUGA